UUGCGGGCAUAUUUUAGGGCAAAAGGGGAUGAAACUGGAGGUUUUUGCGUAUCGGGCAAGGACUUUUUUGCUGAGCUGGAGCCAUAUGUAACCGUUACCGAGCAAAACCUGGCAGACCGAGUUCGGUAUAUCUUGCGCUCAAAUACAUUUGAUGUCGCCGAACUCAAACGGCUACGACGUGAGGCUGUUCCUUCAUCGGGUGAAAAUACUGCGGCUGAGGAUGCGGUGCCACAACUUGCUGAGCAAACGGCAGACGUUGAUGCCACCGUGAAUACCUCAGUUGUGGUUGAUUCAAACGAUGAUGGAACAAUCGCCCAGGAACUGGAAGUAGAGCAAAUGAGCAGUACAUUGGAAGAGGCAAUUGUGGAAACGCGCAGUACGCAUCUCGAAAAUCGACCGUGA